UCACAGCAAACGUAUAACUUUACGGCAAAUGAAUAAGCACUUUUCUGCCCUUUGUUAUUGUCACAUUCAGCAAGACAGGAUUACAGGUCACAGGGUCCAACGCCGUUUUCCUCUGAAAGAACUUUUCACGGCACAAUGCCUUUAACAGCGCGAACAAUUUUAAUAACAGGAGCUUCCCGUGGCUUGGGCUUAGAAUUUGUUAAACAAAUUGUGAAAUCGUCGACACCUCCAGAAGUUGUGAUCGCAACUUGUAGAAAUCCGGAGAAAGCGGUAGAUUUGCAAAAUAUUGCACAAGGCAAUCCAAUAUUGAAAGUGAUAAAAUUAGACGUAGAGACAGACGAUGAUUUAGAAUCAGCAUUUCAGGAAACCAAAGCUGCUGUUGGAGAUCUGGGUUUAAAUCUGCUUAUUAAUAAUGCUGGCAUCUAUGAUAAAGGGAAACCUGGAACUCUGGCUGACAUUUCAAGAGAGUCCAUGCAGAAUCAUUUCAAUAUCAAUGUAUCAGGUCCCAUAGCUGUAGCACAAAAGUUCCUUCCUCUUAUUAAACAAGCUGCUUCUCAAAGUAAUGUUAAAAAAAUCACACCUAACAAAGCAGGAAUAAUCAUGGUUUCUUCUAUAAUGGGGUCACAACAAUUGACUUACAAGGAUGGUAAUGGAGCAUGUUUGCAUUACAAAUGCUCAAAAACAGCAAUAACUAUGGCCAGUAUAUUGAUGGCCAGAGAACUAAAGGUAGCUGGUAUUUUUGUGGCUGCUUUGCAUCCUGGUUGGGUCAGGACUGACAUGGGCACCUCUCAAGCUCCAUUGAGCCCAGAAGAGAGUAUUGAAGCUUGUCUUAAUGUUAUAGGAAAUGCUGGAGAGGAUGUGAAUGGAAAAUUGAUUUCAUUCACAGGGGAUAUUCUUCCCUACUGAUUACUGGGUAUUCAAAAAAAAAAUUGACAAAUGAUUUAUGUAUUUUUGUUUUGGUUUAAAGUUAUUUAAAAAAGAUUAUUUUUAAAAAUCUUUCUUAUAUUUGUUUAAAAAUUAUAGCAUAUUUUAAAGCCAAAACUUUGUAUCUAAAUGUGUAAACAAAUUGUGUCUAGUGGUGUUUUUUCAUUUAGAAGAGCUUGAUACUAUGUUGUGAUUAUAAUGUCAGUAGAAUAAAAAGAUUAGUUUAAGGUGAAGCAAUUACCAUUUAGCUUGGUAAAAACAUUCUCAAAUUUUAAAACUAAGUCACAACUUAUGCCUAGUCAUGUCGUAUGCACCAUCUUGAUGUUCCCAUAUCAAAAUCUACCAGUCGCCAUACCUCGCUGUCCUGUUGGAGGUUUGGGCUAGGAGAGAAUAAUCUUCAACUUGUUAAAAAACACAAACUAUUUUGCACAACAUGUCAGUCAUGUUGUAUCACCUAAUGCUAGACUCUGGACUCAGGAAAUUGAUCUGUUGUAAAUUUAAACAAAUGAAACCUAUACUUUCUCAGUGAUAAUUUUUUUUAUUCUCAAUAUGAGGAAACUUUUUUGUUAAUAAGCUAAUUAGAAUUCACCCUUGUUUUCUUUGCGUUCUAAAGGCCAAGUAUUUGUUUAUGGUACUAUGCAAGUUGUGAUUAUAGCAUUGUUUAUUAGCUAUUUUUACACUAAAAUAUUUAAAAUGUUAUUGAAUAUCAUAUAAUGUCCACUGAUCUUAUGACUUUAUUUGUAUAAAGUUAUUUUUAGUUGGUCACUUGCUUGUCCUGCUAUUUAUAUUAUAUUAUUAUGAAUCUCACUAUCCAGGCUCUCUGCAAACUGCACCUUACACCACCAACUUAAAGAACUUGACAACUCAGGGCUCCAAAGUAACGUAACACUUUAAUAGUUGAAUAAAUAACAGCCAAUACUGUACAAUUGGCAACACGUACACUGUACAAAUAUCUCUCCGAUAACACCGUUCCGCUCUAUCAACUCUUGCACUGGCGUCUCGUUCCGGGCUUGCACUGGGUUUAACAGUUCAGGACUGACUUCACACACUAGGCUCGUUGUGUCGGACUCGAUCGCAGACCAAGAUCAAGACGCCAGUCGUCUCAACUGUACUUGACAGUACUCUGCACUGAACCGUCGUAAUGCUCCGUACAGAACCACACCGCUGAACUGUGCUGUAGUCGACCGGACUGUAGUGAACCGGGCUCUGAACCGUCUUGACUGCGUCACCUCCGCUCUUAUAUAGGGUCCCUACUGGCCUUCUCGAACCGGACAGAACGCCGCUCGACGUUUCUAGGUGGUCAGAUGACUAUAACUCUCGUGACGCUCCUGAGCUCUGUUCACGACGGCGAUCCUUCCCGAACUGUCCUGUUGACACUCGACUCGGCUGACAGUCGUAACUCGUCACGGUUGACCGCUCGUCUAGCGCUGGCCUGGGGCGAUUUGCAUCGGCUGACUACACACACACCACUACCCCUCUCUGUGCCACCACCAAGUUUAUAACAAUAUUAUAUUCAUGAUAAAGUAAUAUAGUUAUCCAGUUUUCAGCUGCUUUCUAUGCAAUGGCAUAUCAAGAUUUUGGUGAUGAGUAAUUCUGUAGCUAAUAUAGUUUUCUGUGCUGUUACUUGAGACUGCUUGUUGAAUAUUAAUUUUGUGUCUAAAUGGAUUCACACCUUAUCAUUCAAGACAAUUCUAUCUUCGUUCUAUUUUUAGGGCUAUAAGGUGCCCAUUAGUCAGGGGCUGCCUUUAUGAUACUGUGUUCAUUGUGUCCUUGGAACUUAAGUUAGGUACUUAUGAAUGUGAAAUUGGUACAAUUGUUUUAAGGGGAAUGCAUCUAAAAUUGUACACAAUGCUAGUGAUGCAAGUCCAAUUUUUCCAAACCCAAUUUUUUACAUUUUGUGUUGCUGUAAUAUGGGCAUAUACUUUCUUUUGUAAACCACUUCCUCUUGACAAUUUAGUGUUCUUUAGUUGCAUAGCCUGUCUUGUGAUGUUAUAGUUUCAUGGAAUUAAUUUUUUUUAUGCAGUUUUUUUUUUUUAAAUAACAUGUUUGGAAAGUUAUGUGCAUGGUCAUGGCAACUAGUAAACCUUUGUAUUAUUAAUGAAUUGCCAGUUGAAAUUUAAAUGCUGUUUAACUUUUCAUGAACAUAUAAUUGUGUGAAUUCACAAUCUAUAUCCACAUGUUCUUGUUGCAUAUUUUUUUUUCUGAAUUUCAUAAAGGUUGUGCUAGUAAUUGAAACAUAAGUAUUAACAUUAUAAAGCAUUAUAUUUGUAAGUAUUCUUCUUGAACAUAUA